GCAGACAUGUGGAUCUUCUCGGUCCGCCGCGAUCUGGGUUCGGAUGAAGGACCCGCGACCAGUCUGGAGCGGAGCCGCCGGUCCAACUGUUAAUUAUGGGAUGCGGGCGACAGGUCGGUAGAAGUUCCACACAGCUAUGGAUCUCACCAGGAGAACGUCAGCCUGAACAGACCUAGGUUAUCUCUCUUUAGAGAAGACCCCAGAAGCUCAGGAAUCAACCGUGCUCGAGGUUAAGCGGCCUCACCGUGAGGCAGCAGAACAGGGGGACUCAACAUGACGGACAGAGUCAGCUUCAGCACUCCCAAAGUCAACCCCCGGCCUGCUGCUACCCUUGUGCCCCCCCCUGAGCCAAUUGACAUCAUCCGGACCAAAGCCCGCUCCCGGAGAGUCAGGCUGAACGUGGGAGGACUCACACAUGAAGUGCUGUGGAGAACAUUGGAUCGGCUGCCCAGAACCCGUCUGGGUCGGCUCAGAGACUGCAACACCAACGAAUCGCUGCUGGACAUCUGUGACGACUACAGCCUCUCAGAGAAUGAGUACUUCUUCGACCGACAUCCAAUGGCAUUCUCCUCCAUCUUGAAUUUCUACAGAACCGGGAAAUUACAUAUGAUGGAGGAGAUGUGUGCACUGUCCUUUGGCCAGGAGCUGGACUACUGGGGCAUUGAUGAGAUAUACUUAGAAUCCUGCUGUCAGGCCCGAUACCAUCAGAAGAAGGAGCAGAUGAACGAGGAGCUGAGAAGGGAGGCCGAGACGCUGAGGGACAAGGAGGGAGAGGAGGAGGAGCAGGGCUGCUGUCCAGAACAGCGACAGAAGCUUUGGGACCUCCUGGAGAAACCCAGCUCCUCAGUGGCUGCCAAGAUCCUGGCCACAAUUUCCAUCCUAUUCAUCGUCAUUUCCACCAUUUCGUUGUCUCUCAACACCCUGCCAGAGCUUCAGGUUGUAGAUGAAUUUGGCCAGUUCAAUGACAACCCCAGUCUAGCCCAUGUAGAAGCCGUUUGCAUUGCCUGGUUCACCAUGGAGUACCUGCUUCGCCUUCUGUCAGCUCCCAACAAGUGGGAUUUCAUCAAAGCACCGCUGAACAUCAUUGAUCUGUUGGCUAUACUGCCUUACUAUGUGACACUUUGCCUAACUGAAUCCAACAAGAACGUGAUGCAGUUCCAGAAUGUUCGCCGUGUGGUCCAGAUCUUCCGCAUAAUGAGGAUUCUGAGAAUCCUGAAACUGGCCAGGCAUUCAACGGGACUCCAGUCGUUAGGUUUCACUUUACGGAGAAGCUACAACGAGCUGGGCCUGCUGAUUCUCUUCUUAGCUAUGGGCAUUAUGAUCUUUUCAAGCUUGGUGUUCUUUGCUGAAAAGGAUGAAGAUGCCACCAAAUUCACCAGCAUCCCUGCGUCCUUCUGGUGGGCUACUAUUACAAUGACUACUGUUGGUUAUGGUGACAUUUACCCACAGACACUGUUAGGAAAGAUUGUAGGAGGGCUCUGUUGUAUAGCAGGUGUGUUAGUCAUUGCCCUUCCCAUCCCGAUCAUUGUCAACAACUUCUCAGAGUUUUACAGGGAACAGAAAAGGCAAGAGAAGGCCAUCAAGAGGAGGGAAGCUCUUGAACGUGCCAAACGAAGCGGAAGCAUUGUGUCUAUUAAUGUAAAAGAAGCGUUUACCCGUAAUAUGGGACUCACCGACGUGUUGGUGGAAAAACGAGAUGACAACCAAUGUCCUGUUGACAAUCACUUGUCUCCUAGUUUUUGGAACAACCAAAAGCACUACGCCAACACCGAGAUCAGUAGCGCAGUCAGGUCCCAGCAAUACCGUGAAGUCACUCAGCGGGGUUCUCCUGAAAGAGUCAAACCGUCAUCAAACAAAUCUUCUCCUCAAAAACUCGCUGGAACUGAAAACCCUGAGAUGCAACGGAACAAACACACAGAGGAGAUAAAAAUGAAUGCUUUGACCUCUGUUCAGGUCCAGCAUGCUUCACAUAAGGGCAGCAGUGCUGUAAGACUUUCCAAUGUGGUUGAUCCUUCUUCGUCAGAAAGAGCAGAUAAAAGUUCUCUACCACCCAGUAAUGAAGGUCUUGGUAAUAUCAGGCAACAUAUCCCCCCUCCCUUGGAUCUAAGUCAGAUCACCACUAUGGAACUGAGUCAGAGACCUGGCAGCACCAAACCAAUGACCGUCAUAAAAGAGGGUUUGUACGAGUUUGGGCCGAGCCCCCGGGAAAGUGCAGCUGGAGACAAACAUUUAGUGGCACAGAGAGCAGGAAGCAUGGGCGCGACCUGCGACAGCACACACGACUAUUUACAUGAUCUGCAAAAGAUAAAAGAUCUCAAGGUAGACUUCAUCACAUCUCAGGAUGAUGUCCUGACAGCUGUGAUGACACCAGUUGGUACCCCGGCUUUUGUUGAUUCCUCAAAGUUUGAUCAGGUACUUUCUGAAGACAUGAUACCCAAGCAUUCUAAAUCACGUAGUUCUAUAACACACCAAGCUAAGUCGAUGCUAUCUAUUUCCCAAUCGCCAUCCUUGGCACAACAGUCUGCAGGUACAGGCAAUCCUCAGGGGGAGGAAGAGGGGCCCGCAGGGCUUGUAGAAGGUGAAAGGCAGCAAACAGGCUUAAACCAGCAGGGACGGAACCACAGAGUGUCUCCAGCUGUUGGCUCAACCACUGGAGUAAGCCUCCUGUCUUCUAAAGCCAGCCCAUGCAACUGCACCCAAGAGCUGGUAACUCUAGCUGGAGAGGAUGCUGGAGGAGCAAGAGAAGAACCAAAGUACGGUGGGGGAAAGCAAGAGAACCACAUAGUUCUGGAUGGAAGCAUGACACCUCCCAGCGAAACAAGCAUGUGAGCUCAACAGUAAAGACAAGAAGGACAAAGAGAGAUAAUGUUGAUGGAAAGUGCUACACAAGCUUCUAGAAGCUGUGUUAACCAUCAUCUAGCGUGAGCGAGCACACUGAAGCACAACCGGCACACCUGUCCAUCCAGGUGGGGUUUCCGACACAAAACAAAUGUCUUACAAAUCAGGACUGGGGACUCUUCUGCUUUUUGAAUUUUCUUGAUGUAUAAAAGCAGACCCCACUGAAGUGCUGAUGACUUGGAGCACAUGCACACUUGUACAAUUUCAACAGACUUGUUAGUUGUAGUAUUGCUCUUUUAAGAUUUGACUGACGCACAGUCUGAUCAGACUGAGAGCAGGCGAACGCCCUCAGUCUCCGAUGAACAUGACAAAUAAGCCUUGAGUAAAUCUUUUCAUUUACUAAGACUUUAUCUGACACACUUGGUGUCACUUCCUGUUCGCUUUUGCUUCGUACCAAGCUUACAUCCCAUCAGAUUUAUUACAUAAGACAUAGUUUGAUAUGCUUUUAACAUUUGUCAAAGGUUAAAACCUAUCUUAAACAAACAAUGAUCAGUUCAUCUGUACGGAUGAACAGAUAGCACAGAGUAGCCAGAGACCAUUAAUGGCUUUAUGUUUAAAAAAUAUAAGUUCUGUUUCAUGGCCCUCCUUGUGUUAUCAAUGUUCUUUGUUGGUUUCCAUAAGAUGGUACCUGCACAAAACCUGGGCCUAAAGGCUAAAAGGGAGAGAAUAGACGUAUAAUUCAUCGCUUGCUGCGCACAUUUCUGUGUAAGUACAACCUCCUAGAUGAUCUAAAACCAGAACCCCCAGCACACUUGUGUUUGGUCUCUGUGAGACUCGUGUCUUAGUGUGGCAAGGUGGAGAAACGAGGGCCCAGGCGGGAUUCGAUCCCCGGACUCCCAGGUGAGAGUCAUGCAUGCUAAGCAGUCAGCCAAAGGGACAUCCCCUUGGCCAAGUAGCCAGGGUGCAUGAUCAAUCGGGACACCGUGACAGGAUGCUCACACUGCCACAAUAGUAAAGGAUCAGUUCAUAUUAUCAGAAUCUGUCUUAGUUUUCUUAGUUUUCAUCAUAUUUAUGUCAGUGAAAACUCGGAUGUCCAAUCAGUGCAGAUUAGAAACGGCAACAGACGUUGAUUUAACAUGACUGGAAUAGAAAAACUUAAAUAAAGUGAUCAUCAAAAGAACUGAUGCAAAAGAACAGCUUCUCAUUCCUGUGAGUUGUGGUUUGUUUCAUUUGCUUUACUUGUUUUUUUUUUUAUCUAGUCAUUAUCAGGGGGAGUCAAUCCUGCAGGGCCAUGCUCCUUCAUUUGUGUGAUUGCCUCAGGAACAACAUCUACAUCUGUAAUGGUUUUGGUUUGUAAGAGGAGCUCCUUCUGCCUGUACUGACU